CCAAAAAGGCAAACACAACAACCAACCUGAAACCCCAAAAAAUCCCAUUUCUGCAAAAACCCUAACCUUCAACUUCCCCCCUCUCGCUCUCUACGAUGCCUCUCGACGGGGCAGCGGUGGAUCGGGAGAAGGAGCGCCAGGCGGCGACGGGAGCCGGAAACGGCGCCGCCAUCAACGGCAACGGCGUCGUCGUCGUCCAGGCGCACACCGCCAACAGGCUGCGGCUGAACCCUAGCUUGGACCACAAGCCCGACCGCUACGACGACCUGCAAUUGGACUUCAGCCCGCUUCUGUUCAGCUCUCUGGAGCGCUAUCUCCCGCCGGCCAUUCUCAUCUCUAGCCGCGAUUCCAAGGUUCAGUACAUGCGGGAAAUUCUCCUCAGGUAUUCGCCCGAGGGAGAACGAACCCGGGUCCAGAAGCACAGAGAAUACAGGCAGAAGAUUAUAUCAAACUACCAGCCACUACACAUUGAGUUGUACACGAUGCAUGCUACGAGUUUCUUUGUGCCCUCGUUUUUGAAGGCAAUCAAUGAAAGUUCUAUAGAAAGUUUCAAAAGUAUAAUGUCGGAAGUUUCUGGUGUUUUUACCUUUGAGAUGCUGCAGUCUCGCUUCUGUGAAAUGCUUCUGGAAGAGGUAGAAAAUUUUGAGAAGUGGGUCCAUGAAACAAAGUUCAUAAUCAUGAGGCCGAAUACGAUGAACAAGUUUGGUGCCGUCCUUGAUGACUUUGGCAUGGAAAACGUGCUUGACAAGCUGAUGGAAGAUUUCAUUCGUCCUAUUUCCACAGUUUUCUUUCCAGAGGUUGGUGGGUCGACACUCGACACCCAUCAUGGCUUUGUGGUCGAGUAUGGAAUGGAUCGAGAUGUUGACUUGGGUUUCCAUGUGGAUGAUUCAGAAGUCACGUUGAAUGUGUGUUUGGGUAAGCAGUUCUCGGGCGGAGAACUGUUUUUUCGAGGCGUGCGUUGUGAGAAACAUGUAAAUACAGAAUCACGACCUGAGGAGAGCUUAGAGCUAAAACAUCAUCCUGGACGGGCAAUUCUUCACCGUGGUCGGCAUAGGCAUGGAGCUAGAGCCACAACAUCUGGCCAGAGGACCAACUUAUUGCUCUGGUGUAGAAGUUCUGUGUUUAGAGAGUUGAGGAAGUAUCAGAAAGACAAUUCCAGCUGGUGUACAGAGUGCCAACGCGAGAAGAAAGAAAGACAACGCCAGUCCAUAGCCGCCACAAAAUUGGAACUACUGAGAAGAGAAGGGGAGGCUGCUCUAUAGUUGACUUAUGGGUCUGUUUCACUUUAUUAUAUAAUGUGUAUUUAUUUUGUUGUUUAAAGCCCCCUCUGUAAGAUAGGGCAGUUAUCUCGGCGUUGAUAUUGGGGUUGUGGGGAUUGUAUACUCUUCAGCUGUACAUUGAAGUAAUGUAGUGGUUAUGUCCAGUUUGCCAACACAUGAAAGCGAAUAACUUGUCUUUU